AUGAGCGAAGAAUAUACAAAACACGAGAAUAGCGAUGACGCUCAGCUGGCGGCCAUGGGUCACCAGCCCGAGCUGAAUCGCAACUUUUCCACUUUAUCGAUGCUGGGACUAGCAUUCGCAGUGUUAAAUUCAUGGACCGCCCUCUCUGCAAGUCUCUCCCUCAGCUUAACCUCCGGAGGUAGUACCGGAGUUGUCUGGGGCCUUGUCACGGCAGGCAUAUGUAACCUUUGCAUCGCCGCGUCUCUAGCCGAGUUCCUGUCGGCUUACCCAACUGCCGGUGGACAGUACCACUGGGUUGCAGCAAUCUCUUGGCCCAAAUGGGUACCAGUCUUAUCAUGGGUAACGGGCUGGGUCAACGUCGCCGGCUGGGUCGCUCUCGUUGCCACAAACGCUCUUUUAUCCAGCCAACUCAUUCUUGGCAUCAUCUCUGCCACACAUCCUGACUACGAGCCCCAGCGCUGGCACCAGUUCCUCAUCUACAUCGGCUUCACUCUCGCCUCGUUCGUCAUCAACGCCUUUCUCAACUCCUUCUUGCCUCUUCUUUACCGCGGCGCCUUUGUGUGGUCCAUUGGUGGCUUUGUUCUCGUGUCAAUCACGGUUCUUGCCUGUGCAUCGCCUGAUUAUAACACGGCCUAUUUCGUGUUUCGCGAGUUCAUCAACGAGACAGGAUGGCCUGAUGGAAUUGCCUGGCUGCUUGGCCUCCUCCAAGGAGGUCUCGGUGUCACUGCUUUCGAUGCCGUCGCCCACAUGAUUGAAGGUAAUCAACUCCUUCACAAAUACCAUCAAACCACUAGCUCUCAACUACUCACGAUCAAACCAGAAAUCCCCAACGCCGCCCUAGAAGGCCCCAAGAUCAUGGUCAUCUGCGUCGGCAUCGGCACUUUCACCGGCGCCAUCUUCCUCAUCGUCCUGCUCUUCGUCGCCGGCAACAUCGACGAGGUCAUCAGCUCAGCCGCGGGACCUCUGCUGCAGAUCCUGAUCCACGCCACGAGCAACACUGCAGGCGCCAUCUGCCUUCUCAUGCUUCCGCUCGUGUGUCUUAUUUUCGCCACAUUUAGCGUCAUGACGACGAGCAGCCGCAUGAUUUUCGCAUUUGCUCGCGAUGGCGGUCUUCCUGCCUCCAAAUUCUUCGCUCGCGUGCAUCCCAAGCUCGGACUCCCGCUGAAUGCCCUCAUCCUCACCUCUGUGGUCGUCAUCAUCUUCGGCCUCAUCUUCUUAGGCUCGUCGAGCGCCUUCAACGCCAUCAUCUCUGCCUCCGUCGUCACACUUGAUCUCUCCUACGGCCUCCCCAUCGCUGUAAACUGUCUCCAAGGACGCCGAAAACUGCCUGAGCGGAAGUGGGUUCUCCCCAGCUGGUUUGGCUGGACGGCGGACAUCAUCUCGCUGUCGUACAUUGCGCUCACCACGGUUCUCUUCGUCUUUCCUCCAAUCCUGCCUGUUACAGGUAGCAACAUGAACUACUGCAUCGUUGCAUUCGCCAUCAUCAUCGCCAUUUCUCUCUUCCAGUGGAUCGUUGACGGCCGAAAGAACUUUACAGGUCCCCGCGUCAACCUUGUCAGUGGGCAGGUAAUGGGAGAAAACGUUACAGAAAUCACCAGUGUGGAGGAGGUGUCGGGAGGAAAUAAGGAAGCGUAG